AUGCCGGCACUGGGGUCAGAAGAUGACCUGCCAGAAGCCAUGCCAUUUGACAUUGGUAUGGCUAUGCUACAUCCUGCUGCAUCAACAUCUGUUUCUUCAAUCCCUUCCAUUUAUUUGCACCCCGAAUCAUCAGAUGACGGCGAAUUUGAUCCUUACGACCCUGUUAAUCUUGAGAGGGACCACCCUCAUACACCGUCUUUGCAGCUCAAUUCAACUGCGGAACAGUCUCGUGGGCCAUCGCCUGAUCCUCAGCCUGAGAGGCUCAUUCCACAGCCCUCCAUAUUUAGAAGUUCCCCGGAGAAUCCAGAUAGUACUCUCCAGCAAAGCUCCCACUCACGCGGUUCUGAGAGCCCUCCUUUGAAUAAUGAUGCAGAAUAUACUGUCCCUCGUACCCUGUUGCCUGCUACCCCUAUUGAUCCUUCACGAACUGCUUUGCCAAACACAAGUCCUGUAUCCCCACUUUCGUCAUUACAUCGAAACCGCGACGAGAAAUCCGAACAAGUUAACUCGAUUUCUGGACGUUUUGAAAACCCUCUUCAGCUGAACUCAGAAAACCAAACGGAGAAUCAUGGCAAGGUACCGUCAGCGCAAAGUAACCAGGAGCGUGUUUACCCUGUGGAAUCAACGCCUAACCAAAGCCUUGACACACAUGCGCCACUAGUCGACCAGAUGCUUCCUACACAAGAACCGAAUCCUAAUGUGAGAUCCACUAACUCCCAUGGACAUGAUUUCCGCAGCGAUGAUCAGAGCUCCCAAGUUAUUCCUGCUCAGCCCACUGGUGAACGUGGCCAGAAACUAAGACCAUCUUCGAAUGAGCGAGUUCGGGAUGCUCCCAGUUCUCGUUAUGCUCCUAGUACCCAUCAGACCAUAUCAACAUAUAGUUCUAGUCAGAUGCGAAAUGGCCCACCUCCCAAUCGUCAUGUUCCAAAACAUCUUGUGAUGCCAACACCCUUACAAAACAAUCCCAAUUUUACUCCCCCUCAAAAUCGACCACAGAUGAUAGCUCAACCAGUGUUACCUUCGCAAUUCGGUUCCGCGAAGGUCCAAGUUCAAGUACGAACGCAGCCGAGAGCACCGUACCUUCAACCCCCUUAUUCUCAAUCCCAGCAACUAUUUGCACCGGUGCAACCAGGUUCUACACCUACAUCUAACAAACUAAUAUCUUCCAGUAAAUUACGAAAGAAAGUCAGCACAAAGAUGAUAACUCCGACACCGGAUACCAAUUCACGACAUCCGAUAGUUACAACAGUUUCUUUUGCACCUCCCGUCAUUGGGUUUUCACAGUCUCCCUCUGCCGAAAGACCCAGCGGACGAUCAAAGAUUGACAAGAUACCCAAACGAGUUCUCAGCAAACGUAGAACGGACUUCUGA